GCUGGAUAUUUGCUUAAUUGGUGCAGUGAAAUUGUGCAAAUAGCGCGCGUUUAAAACUCGUAAAGAACUAACGGUAUCAUUGAUAAUAUUUAAAAAUGAAUACUACGCCUAGCCAACAUCGCCCGCGUGUAAAUCCAGCCUCUUCACAUGCUAUCAGCUAUCCAACAACGGAUGUCCGUUCGCCAACUACGCAAGGAUCACGCGUCUACCAAGGACUGAAAACAUCAGAGAAUGACGAAAUGGGCUGUGUGGAGAUACUCGCGACGGCGAUUUCUGUCGUAGUAAUGAUACUCACCUUUCCGAUCUCCAUAUUUGUCUGCUUCAAAGUAGUUUCCGAGUAUGAACGCGCCGUCAUCUUUCGCAUGGGACGACUGCGCAGUGGAGGCGCCCGUGGUCCUGGCGUGUUUUUCGUAUUACCAUGCGUAGAUGAUUACUGUAAAGUAGAUCUUCGCACCGUUUCGUUUGAUGUGCCACCACAGGAGGUGCUCUCCAAGGAUUCGGUAACAGUGACGGUUGAUGCAGUUGUUUAUUAUCGCAUUAGCGAUCCGCUUAAGGCCGUCAUACAAGUCUCUAAUUAUAGUCAUUCAACGCGUUUGUUGGCCGCCACAACGUUACGUAAUGUUUUGGGCACACGAAACUUAUCCGAGCUAUUAACGGAGCGUGAAACUAUUUCGCAUACAAUGCAAGUAUCGUUGGAUGAAGCUACCGAUCCGUGGGGUGUGAAAGUGGAACGUGUGGAGAUCAAGGACGUUUCACUACCGACAGCAUUACAACGUGCCAUGGCGGCUGAAGCAGAAGCGGCACGAGAGGCUCGCGCAAAAGUUAUCGCAGCUGAAGGAGAAAUGAAAUCAUCACGGGCUUUAAAGGAAGCAUCUGAAAUAAUUUCUGCGAGCCCAUCCGCUUUACAGCUUCGUUAUCUACAAACGCUCAGCAGCAUAUCAGCCGAAAAGAAUUCAACCAUAAUAUUCCCCCUACCCAUGGAAUUGUUAACGCCGUUUCUUGGGCACUGCACAACAAAUCACCUGUGUCGGCAACACGCCGCUCAAGGAAUGAAUCAUCAGUGACAGUUACUGUUGGAGGAGUACCUCAAUGCUCUAAGUUUAUAUGAAAUCGAUUACAAACGCAUACCAAUUCACAAUUAGAUCCACUUUUUCGAAACAAAGUCAGUUUGUUAAACAAAAUACCAUAUAAAACAA